AAUUUCAAUGGAUUCCAGCAUGGUUAAACACCAUGUCGUAUAAGGUUACAUCAUCUCUGACUCAGACUAACCACACUAAAAGCAAAGAAGAGCUCGAAACAAAGCGUGACCCUUGCAUGUACUGAGUCCUUUCUGGCUAAAAGUGAACCGUUAGAAACAGUUACAACGUUUGGCCAGCAGUGCUGCUGAGGGAAGUUGGAGCCUCUCGGUCUGUUAGUGGCCGGCAGGGAAGGAGAAGAUCCAGAGGACGGGGGCAGAGCCGCUGGAGCUGUCCUCCACAGGGAGUUUAAAGUCAAGGGGUCUGGCGCAUGAAUCCUCCCUGAACUUCCCAAGACUUUCCACCACAUUCCAGACCCUCUGCUGUAGGAUUUCAGCCAGAAACGUCCUGCCAUUUGAAAACAAGAGCUCCCUGCAAUCUGUACAUGACAGACGCUGACCCCCAGUGACCUUAAUUUCCGAGCCGAAACCAGCCUGGUUCCAUAUCUCGGGAAGGUCAAACUUUAUCACUCCAAACUCCAAACAAAUUAUUAUUCUGGAGAUCUUAUUUUCCCCUUAUCUCAGGGGAAACGACUGAGUCAAUGGCGUUGUGUCUUGGACAAGUGUUCAGCAAAGACAAAACAUUCAGGCCUAGGAAGCGGUUUGAGCCGGGCACUCAGCGCUUUGAACUCUACAAGAAGGCCCAGGCCUCGCUCAAGUCCGGCUUGGACCUGAGGAAAGUGGUCCAGCUGCCGGAGGGAGAGAACAUCAACGACUGGAUUGCCGUUCAUGUGGUGGAUUUCUUUAACAGGAUCAACUUGAUCUAUGGCACGAUGAGCGAGUUCUGCACCGAGCGCACGUGUCCCAUCAUGUCUGGGGGGUUGAGGUACGAGUACAGAUGGCAGGACGGUGACGACUACAAGAAACCCACCAAGCUGCCCGCUCUCAAGUACAUGAACCUGCUGAUGGACUGGAUAGAGUCACUCAUCAAUAAUGAGUAUAUCUUCCCCACCAGAGUAGGCGUACCUUUCCCCAAGAACUUCCAGCAGGUGUGCAAGAAGAUCCUGAGCCGUCUCUUCAGGGUCUUUGUGCAUGUUUACAUCCAUCACUUUGACAGUAUCUGCAGCAUGGGCGCAGAGGCCCACAUCAAUACCUGCUACAAGCACUACUACUACUUCAUCUCAGAGUUCAACCUUAUUGAUCACUCUGAGCUGGAGCCCCUGAAAGAGAUGACAGAGAAGAUAUGCAAUUAAACAAAACCACAUGGACAAAGGAGUUUACAUUUUGGCAGUAUCUGAGCCCCGCGAGAAAUCAUCGGCUUCAAAACACUCAAAACAAAGAACAAUUUUUCAAGACAAGUUGUACGAGUGGUUUUGUUGACAUAACUGGGAAGGUCCACUGACUUACCAGACUUCUUCAGAUGGUGGCAUUGUGCCCUCCCAGAGGAUUUAUUUUACAGUAAUUACAAUAGUUGAUGCCAUCAUUAUACAAGUUUGCGUUGGUUUAUAAUACUACAUCUCGUGUACUCGUGCUUUUUCUUUCCUCCUGUGCAUGUAUGUUUGUAUUUGACCUUUUUAUAUACAGUGUUGACUCUUAUUUUGUUGAAUGAAAGUUUGUUUUUUAUUUGAUGUCAGUGCUUUUACAGUUUGAACAUAAAAAUGCAGCCUUAAAAUGA